AUGAAUGCCCCUAAUAUAACCUUUUAUUUCGACAUUGGCAGUCCUUUCGCCUGCAUUGCGUUUCAUGCCUUGAGGACGUCUCCUGUCUUCGCGGAAUGUCACAUUGACUAUGUCCCCGUCAGUUUGCGAGAUUUGUUUCAGUUAUGCAAAAACACGCCUCCUUUGGCAGUCAAGAACAAGGCCCACUGGAUAAACCGAGAGCGUAUUUACUGGGCUCGUCGCUUCCAGGUCCCCAUGUCCGAAGCCCUCCCACAAGCAUUUCCCGCGUCCACUUCGGAGGUGCAGCUCGCUCUCUGCCUUCUGGCUACGCAACAUCCCGACAGCCUACUCCCUGUUGUGGGUAAGAUCUAUUGCAUGUUCUGGGAAGAUGGAAACUCGAAUGUCCUUACUCAGCCCGGUUUCUCUGCCAUCUUGGAGGGUGAACUUGGUGCCGAGAACGCCAGGCGGAUUCUGGAUGAGUCCAAAGGCACUGAUGCAAAGGCCAUUCUGGAUGAAAGCACACAAGAUGCCAUCGAUUCCGGCGCAUUUGGUUUACCUUGGUUUGAUUGCAUAGACGCUCAUGGGGUAAAGGAAAGCUUCUGGGGGAUUGAUCAUUUGGGACGUCUUGUAGACUUUCUGCAACUAGACGCCAGCCUAGACAAGGCUUUUGGCGUGCUACUCUGA